AUGUCUUUCUGGGACACUGUUGCUCAGGAACAAGAAAGAAUCUAUGAUCUGCGAUGUUUGCCCAGUAAAUGGGUACACCUUGCGUCAGCGCAAGCUAUAACAAUUUAUCUUCUUCUCCUGACCUCGAAUCGCGAUAAUGUGUUACAACAUCAUCCGAAUUUACCAAUUACCCUGCUUUUCACGUUAAGAACCAACUUUGAACAUCUACAUCGAAUGCUGUCUGGUUAUACGGCACCAACCAAACAACCUCGAUGUCGACAAACUUGGGAGGACUGGGUCUUUGCUGAGUCUAAGCUACGAACAGCGACUGUUUAUUUCAUUCUCGCAUCUUGUUAUGAUGUCGACUAUGGUCUUCCAUGUGACCGUGACAUUGAUCAUAAGUUUGGCGAGAUUGAGCUUCCAGCAACGAAAUCUCUUUGGGAAGCAACCGAUGAGGUUUCAUGGAACAAAGUACGUGACCUUGCUAUCCCUGCGCAAGGUCGCGCCCACCCGGUCGAGAGCAGCGAAACAAGGCUAAAUUAUACUAAUUUAGUAGAGCUGAACAAGCUCCAUGGUGGCCCCGAAUGCCGCGCUACCAUGAAAUGUGAUUCAGGUCUCGAGUCUAAAGUUCAAACAUGGUAUAAGAAAAUGGACGAACUGGGAAUGCUUGUCUCACUGUGCAGUGUCAUGGGUGAUUAG